AUGUCUCUGUCUCUAAUUAAGAUAACUACUCGUCAACUUGGUCGCGAUGGACCCCAUGUGAGCUCCGUUGGACUUGGUUGCAUGGGUAUUGGAGCGUGGUACGGAAAGACCGACCAAGAAGCUGCAUAUAAAGCUUUGACUUAUGCUGCGGACCGCGGAAUGACUUUCUGGGACACGGCGGACAUUUAUGGAGAUUCCGAGGAGGUUAUAGGCAAAUGGUUCAAAGAGACAGGACGUCGCUCCGAGAUUUUCCUAGCAAGCAAGUUCGGCGCCUUCGACCCCGAGACACAGCAGCUCCAAAACCCAAUUUCCUCGCCAUCUUACAUUAAACACGCACUUGCUCGCUCUCUCUCGCGUCUCGGGACGUCCUACAUUGAUUUAUACUAUCAGCAUCGCGUCGAUCCUAAAGUGCCGAUUGAGGUUGUCCUCGAGACACUUCGACCAGAGAUUGAGAAAGGUACGAUAAGGUGGGUGGGAUUGAGUAAUUGUAGUGCGGAGGUGAUGAGGAGGGCGAGAAGGGUGCCUGGAAUCGGGAACCGUGUUGUUGCGUGUCAGAUGGAGUUCAGUCCGUUUGAGCUUAUGCAUGAGAAGGAUGGGUUUGCGAAGGCGGCAGAAGAGGAGGGUGUUGUGUUCGUUGCAUAUAGUCCACUUGGGCGUGGAUUGAUUAGCGGAAGGUACCGCAGCAGAGCAGACUUUGAUGAAAACGACCUGCGCCUGAUCCUGCCUCGCUUCUCGGAGGAGAACUUCCCGAAGAACCUCGAACUGGUAGACAAGUUCAAAGUCGUCGCGGAAAAGUACGGUGCAACAUCAAGUCAAAUUGCUCUCGCUUGGAUCCUCGCGGCUUACCCUAAUUUCAUUCCAAUUCCGGGCAGCCGCUCCGCCGAACGUGUCGAAGAGAACGCUCGCGCAGCCGAGUUGGCGUCAGAAAUGAAACCAGAGGACAUCUCUGCCAUCCGUGCACUCGUCGAAGCUGCUGACGUACGUGGCGAACGGUUGCCAGAGAUGUAUCUGAAAACGAUUAAUAAUGAGUGUAUCCCCUUGGAGGAGUGGAAGGGGGAGGAGAGUAGAUUGUAAGGAGAGGGAAAAGAAGGUAAAUGUUAUGUUAGAGGAAUUAUAUCAUGCAUAUAUGGAUAAAUAGGUUUUGGCGUUUUUCACGCAACUUCAGGGACCUCUGGCUGGGUAUUGCCAUUACACAUAUAAAACUGGAGAAC